AUGUUGGUUAUCGUCUUCUCUCCGGGGAAGAAGGUGUACUCAUUCGGUCACCCAAGUGUUGAGGAAUUGGUUGAUCGAUUCAUGGGUACUCAUGGCUUGUCCUCCGGGCUUUCUCAUGAGACCCAACAACUAGUGGAGGCUCACCGGAUGUCUAACAUAAGGGAUAUGCAUACUCGACUCAUGGAGGUUCAGGAACAAUUGGAGGUGGAGAAAAGGCGUGGGGAGGCGGUGACUCGAGCCUUGCAGCAUGGAAGGGAACAUAGGUGGUGGGAGGGUUCAAUUGAGAAGAUGACAUAUCUUCAACUUGAGCAGCUCAAAGGGUCUCUCGAGAAUGUGAAGGCCAUGGUUGCUCAAAACAUAUAG